UGCUACAGUAAAAUUAUCAUAGAGCAAAAUGGAGAUUAUGGAAGAUGGGAAUUUGGUCGAUCGCGUAAGAAUUUUAUUGCAACGAGAUAUGCAAUAUUACCAGGAAAUGCAAACCGUUUUGAGAGAACCGCUGUGCCUACGCAUUAGCGGUGGAAAACUCGAUUUUCCACGACACGCUUCGUUCGCCGCAAUAAAGAUUGUCACAUGGUGGGAAGCGGAUUUUGUAGCCGCUUUUAAGCGUGCCUCUGGUUUAAGCUCUGCCGAAAACGAAAGCACGUCCAGCGUCGAUAGCGAGGACGGUGUUAUUAAGCGGAUUCAACCGUCCGAUUUUAUUCUGCUUGUUGUCGAUACCGCUGAACAAUUAUUAGAACAUUUGCAUAUGUUAAUUCAAGAGUCUUUAGAUCACGCCGAUCUCACUGUGCUCACCGCCACUUUGGGCGCAGCAGCACUCAUACGAAAUUGCUUAUGGUGUUACAAUCAGCACACAAAAGGAACUAUCUCUUCUCAAUCAAGUGAAAAAAUUAAUAAAUCCCACAAAGCAUUCCACGAAAUGGCCGAAGCCGUGGCAGAGAGAUUGCUCGACCUACACUGUAGAUUAAUUUCGUUGUACAUACUUAACGAAGCGGAUUCUCUCAGCUGGCAUAGCAACAAACCAUUCUUUGAGAAAGAGCGUUGUUCCUAUGUUGUACAGAUGUGGUGGCUGUAUAUGCAAGGUACUAAGGCGGAUUUAUGGAAUACUGUCUCGCCUAAGAUGGCACAGCGUGUAUUUUCAGAAAUGCUAAACGAAUCCCUAUCUAUCAUAACGACGCGAUUCAUUCACGGUCGACCGUCAAUAGCACGAUCCGAACAAUUUUGGUCGGACGCCUUUAAUGUGCUCUGCUGUACGGGAUAUUUAGCUUUAGGUGCAUGUGUCGAUGGCGACGGAAUGAUAGGUGCACGACCGAGUAAUUUGCCGACAGCGAUAAGAGAUAUACAUGCAAAGUGUAAUGAAUUAUUAAUUUGCUUGUUACUUAGAGGCACUCCUCUCAAAGAAUUGUAUCAGAUCUUUCGACACGGAUUGGAAAAUUUGGCGAUACUGCGGCCGCGACGCAGUCCGGCUCCUUGGCUAUUAAUAUGCGCUUCGAAUUUAUUAGGAUUAGACGCAACUGAUUCUCUAGCUGACAUUGUAACAUUACCCGAAGAUAAAGCUGUCAUUCUUGAAUUGAAUGUCAUGAGACAUCAGCCUCAACCUAAUUGGCCUCAACUGAUGAAAGUGAUAUCGAUGAACGAUUAUAUCGUAGGCAAGAUGCUAUUAAAGACGUUAGUACGUCAAAAUGUGGGCUUUACGUCCGUGGACGAGUGCGACGCACUUGACAAAUCGAAGAAGGACGAAAAGAGUUGCGGUGGCUUCUUAUGCAGUGGAUCAGCGUGCGAUAAAUCGCUAAAAAUAACUUCGGCUUUGGCAUUAUACAGCUUAUUUCAUGUAUUAGUGGUAACCGUUAACGAGCCGGAGCGCGUAAUUAUACCUGCAUUAAAGCAGGAUCCGAAUUGGUCCAAUUAUCUGGACAGACAACAGGUUUGGAAUCAAUCAAGACCACCCUGGCUCAAUGCCUUAAUAAAGCCUCUGAAAAUCAUGAUGCAACCGAUAGUCGAGAUGCUUUUAGAAGCUGCGAAAACAGGUGCCAGCAUAUAUCAAACCAUGUCGCUGGCAAUCGGUUGUUUCACCGAGUUGUACGUGACAGCUUCGACUCCCAUUUUACGCGCGGCUUUCGCGCUCAACGAUAACAUUCCCGCACAUUGUCGACCGAUCGGCGGCAACGUGUUGCUUCAAAUACUGUGCGCUGCCCUGUACUCCGGCUUUCUGGAUGUGUCUGCAAAGAGCGGAAGCAAUGAUGUCCAUGGUACACCGAGUUCCGAAAACACGAGCUGCGAGCUGAGCCCCUUUAAUCCUUACGAUAGAUCGACCGCUGCCACUGCGCUCGCCGAGGCAAUUUGCAGCAUCGACGAGGACAACAAGCACACGGCGCAGAUAGACUCCUUCUUGCUUCUCGUGAAAGACAGCCUCAGAAGAGAAGGUCAAACUUCGAGAAACGACAAAUUACAGAACAUGACUUGCGUCAUUGAAACUUACACGGACGAAUUAUUGUUCACAAGUACUGGACGACGUUCCUUAAAAAUUAUAUGCGAAUAUUUAGUCCGAGCAUCCGAUUGGGUAUUAAAUAAUCUACGUUGCGACGAGAAGAACAGACAGAUGGAUUUGCUGAAUCUGCCAGAAGUCUCACCCAUCAUAAAACCUCUUGCACACUUGAUGUUUCAUAUCGAGGAUACCUGCUUUGAUCAGUUUAUGGUUAAUUACGAAGCAACGAAUUGGGCAAAGAUAUUAACGAUGCCUUUGUCGAUUACUUUGGAGCGUGUACGAAGUCAAGUUCUUUUAAGACCAGAAUUGAAGAAUGUCGGAGAUCUUAGUCAUGAGGAUAAAGAAGUGGUGCAAUCUAUCAAAAGAAUUUGUUCAUUUGUCAGGUCAGCACGUUUCAAAUAAGUGAUUACAUGCAUAUUUAACGUUAAGUAAUAUCUUUUUCCUAUA